AUGAGCAACUUGAAUGACCAGAAACAGUCAGGGUAUCUGCUGGUGGCCCUUCAAAUAACACCAACAGUCUUUCUAUUUGUUUGGCUUCUCUACCAGCGUCUGUUCUCGCCAUUCGCCAAAGUUCCCGGACCCUACUGGGCCAGUCUUUCAAGACUAUGGCUUGCGUAUCACUCGUAUAUUGGUGAUCUUCACGUUGUGACGAUGCGUCUGCAUGAGGUCCAUGGCAAGAUUGUGCGCCUUGCGCCAAAUGAAGUGAGCAUCUCGGAUCUCACGUCCAUAAAGACAAUCUACGGCGCGGGGUCCAAGUUCCGCAAGUCCGACUUUUACAGCGUCUGGCAGGGGAGGCGUAAAUUCGACAUUUUUCCUGAACGAGAUGAUCGAGUUCACUCGGCCCAGCGUCGUCUCAUCAGUAGGCCAUAUGCAAUGACAUCCUUGAAAGAACUCGAGCCAUACGUUGACAGCGCCAUCCAAGGCUUCCUCGAAAAGCUGGGCGGCAUGCUUGGGAGAACAGUGGAUCUAGGAAACUGGGUUCAACUCUUUGCUUUUGAUGUGAUAGGAGAAGUCACUUUCUCGAAGCGAUUCGGCUUCAUGGAUGUCGGGUCCGACGAUGGCUCUUUCAAGCAAAUCGAGACUGCGCUACGAUCUGCCGCUUGGAUCGGCCAAGUUCCAUGGCUUUACUGGACUUUUGACUACUUAUCUCCCUUCAUUGGGACGUGGCUCGGAAUCGCAUCUCGUCACGGAAGCCUGCGUAAGUUUGCUGCACGCGAGGUCGCCGCCAGACAAGACCGAGGAUCCGACCACCAAGACAUCUUGACGAAGCUGUUUGCCGUUCAUAAAGAGAAACCCGAACAGUUUCAUUAUUCUGACUUGGUCUCUAUGGCGAAUUCCAACAUAUUCGCUGGAAGUGACACAACCGCAAUUUCGAUCCGGUCAAUCAUCUACCAUCUUUUGAAGAACCCUGAAGCGAAACGUCGACUUGUUGAGGAAGUCGAUGAGCACUGGAGACAAGGGAAGCUUAGUGAUCCGAUUACUGUUGCAGAAUCUGAGAAUAUGCCUUACCUGCAAGCGGCGAUGUAUGAAGGCUUGCGAGUGCAUCCUGCUGUCGGCAUGACUCUUCCUCGUGUCGUGCCCCAAAGUGGCUAUGAUAUUGGUGGCUACCAUAUGCCAGCCGGGUCUGUCGUCGGCGUCAACCCUUGGGUUGUUCAUCGUAGUAGGGAAGUGUAUGGCCAAGAUGUUCAUGAAUUUCGCCCUGAGAGGUGGCUCAAAGAGGACAAUGGCGAUAUGCACCGUUUCUUCUUCGCCUUUGGAUCCGGAGCCCGGGUGUGCCUUGGUCGGACUUAUCCCGACCCUCUUCCUGCACUUCGAUCUCGAGCUUACUAA